GUUUUGAAACUGUAUAUAAAGUUAGACGCUGCGCAAUAACAACAUUAGUGUGAAGACUUUACGUAUUGAAGGUCGAUUCUUGAGUGUAUUUGAUAAUAAAAAAGUCCCUUUACUAGCAAUAAACAUGAGCUAUCAAGUUGAUUAUAAAGUGUAUGCUUACUGUGGUGAACCUGGGAAGCCUGAAGUCAGAAGAUUUGUUGUUGACAGCAAAUUUGAUACAAGUUUUCAAUACUUGAAGUCAAAGCUUCAAGAUAUCUUCCCAAACCUUAUGAACAAGAGUUACAAUAUUUCAUGGAAAGAUGAAGAAAAUGAUGACAUAGUCAUUUCAUCAGAUGAAGAACUCUUAAUUGCCCUGCAGAGCAUGGGUGAUGGCCCUAAAAAGCUGUAUGUCUACUGUAAGGAUAAAGCGCCACAAAUUGAUGAGGUGGUUUUCAACUUAGUCAAUCCCAUACCUGAUAGUCAAGGAAUAGCUUCUGUUCACUUGGGUGUGGUCUGCGAUGGGUGUGAUGGCCCUGUGGUGGGUUUCCGUUACAAGUGCACCACCUGUGACGAUUUUGACUUGUGCUCGAAAUGCGAGGCAGGCGGAUUGCAUGCUGAGCAUUGCAUGGUGCGCAUUCCAGUGCCUAACUUGCCGUCCGCCGUCAUAAGGAAUGCAACAAAGCGUUACCGCCACUUUUUGAAGACUGUUCACACGCCAUGCAGUGAUGAGAAUGUCAAGAAGCAACGUCGCGACAGAAGUGGCGAUAGAAGACGACGCGAUCACGGACACGGCCAUCAUCACCGCCACCACAGUGGUGAUGGUGACCACCACCAUCGCCGGCCGCGCACUAGCUGGCUAGAAACAUUCGCUAGUUAUAUGAAUGAAUUCGCUAACCUCGCGGGCGAUGUGAACAUUGAAACUGAACCGAUAAACCCAACUCAAGAGGGUCCCAAUAACAGUGAGACCCAAGCUCCCAAGGAAGCGGCAAAAGAAAACAAACCAUCCACACAAUGCCCCUUCAACAUGGAGAAUUUGGAUGUACAUAACAUCCAAAAACUAUUAAACAUGUAUAUGGGUGGUUUAAGCACAUCCACUCCUAAGCAAUCAACUUCUAACGCUUCCAACAGUGGAGCCCCUCAACCCAAAGCUGGGCCUUCCAAUAAUGAAGCCACCCAGUCUUCUACCAUCAAUAAUGAGGCCACAGAAUCCGGACUCGGCAGUAAUGCUCUAGACGUGGAAAUGUCUGAGGCUGAUUCAAAGAGGUCAGAGGUUGAUACCGAAAGUUUCACCUCCGAGGCAUCCUCAACUAAAACUGUGGAAUCUAAAAAGGAAGAUUCUCCUGACAAAGUAGACGGGUGGACUGUCAUCAAUAAAGAUAAUGACCUGAUGGAUGGUUAUGAUAAGACAAAUGGACCCCCAAUUGGUUUCAACCUUCCAGAAGAAUUUCAGGAACGUGUGACCAUAUCCCAGGGACAAAACCUCUAUCCGCCGCUGAAUACUGGCACGGCUGUGUUGAAUCCUAAAGUGCCGGAAACUCCAACUGUGUCUGAGCCGCUAAAGCCAGUUCAAGGCCAGGCCUCUGCCCAAGCUCAGGCUUCAGCCAACAUCUCUGCCCCGUCUGCACCAGCUACACCCAAGCAGCAAGAGCGACAACCAAACAUUCAGCAGCAGAAACCGCAAACAAAUCCCCAGCCAGCCCAUCCGUUGGAACAUAUCAACGCGUCGAUCAACCAAAUGUUAGCUAUGGGCUUCACUAACGAAGGCGGUUGGCUGACUCAGCUCCUCGAGAGCAAGAACGGAAACAUUGCUGCUGUACUGGAUCUGCUCACUCCAGUCAACCCCAAGAAGUAGGAUGAGGGGCAUCUGAUUAUUAAUAACAAAAAAUUGUUUAUUAAUAACAAAUAAUUGAUUAUAUAUUAUUAUAUUUUCCUUACAUUAUAAUACUAUUGAACACAAGUCUCCGAACUAAAUUGACACUUCAAUGUACUACCGCCAUGCUUUUUUCUGCAACUAAGCAGCAUUUCUGUGUUCCGGUUGGAAGGGUGUGGUUGCUGGUGUUAUAACGCGCACAUGUGGCUUAAUAUCUACGCCACAGGUUAAUGGGAACUUUAAAAAAAAAACACAAAAAUGGUGCUCUCCUUUUCCACAUAAAACACUGUGAAAAGGACAACAGGACCUGUCAGUUUAGUUUCAAGAUUGUUUUAAUUAGAAUGAACCAUUCGUAUUAUUUAGUUAUUUCUUUUUUGGCUGCUAUGCUAAUAUUUCUUAUUUUAUGUAAGCAAUCAUCUACAUUAUUUCAAUAAAAACCUGUCUAAAUAAUAAGGUUAUUAAUUGUAUGAAAUGUUGCUAAACUGUUACAGAAAAGCGUUUUUAAAUUUAGAAUCAUAGUGUAACGACGCUUGGUAAUCAAGAAUAAUUAUUGUACAAUUAGUCUGUAAAAAAAUUCUUAAACCGACUGGUUGAGAAGUUUCAGGCUUCUAAAAUUGGCUAAUACCUGGCUUAUAUAUAAGUUAAGGAAUUGUUUUCAGCUGCAUUAUGUAGUAAAGUAAACUAUCAAACUAAUUUUCCCAAAAAAACCUUGCCAAACUUAUCGUCAAAUAAUAUAAAGGCGAUUGUGUUUUUAGUUUCAUAAUCCAUUAUUAGUACUUAUUUAAAGUAUAUCCAGCUAUAUUAUCUUUUAUUGACAUUUAUCUAAUUAGUGAGUAAGUAGUUAUAUCUGUAUCGAAUGACUAUUAUUUUGGUGUUAACUAUUAAGGUACCUGUUUAUUAAGACUACUAGAUAUUAAAUACAAGAGUAUUUUUUUUUGUUCUUUAGAAUAUCUCGACUCAUGGUUGACAGUCACUUUACAUUUUCAUAUUAUUUAGGGGUUGUCAUAUUAACAAAAAAUAUUAGAUUUCAACUAUAUUCAAGCUCUUAAUUUUUCAAAGAAUGAUGUCAAGACUGGACAUGUUAAAUAUAAAUAGACUAGUUUAAUAGAUCCAAAUUGAAAUUCAGCCUGUAUCUUCCAAGAUAAUAGAGUUACCCUGCUAUAUUUAUGAAAAACGAAUAAUAAGAAAAAUAAUUUUGGUGUGAUAUAUUGAUUGUGAUAAGCAAAAUUAUAGGUAUAGCUGAUUUAUAGAUUAUAAUCAUCUAAUAUCAUUAUUAUCCAAUAAAGGUUUCAGGGUUACAAAAA